AUGGCCGGACGGGACCGAGUGGUUCACCUGCUCAGACAGCUGGAGCGCGCGGCGUAAGUUCGAUAAAAGUUCGAUAAUCGAUCAUUAAAGAAAGAGUUUCAGGUAGAGGUGAGCUCGUGCAGCACGGAGCGGUGACGUUUAAAGAGCAGGACCGCCCACCAUGUUGUUUUUCUGUCUGAAGUGUAGAGGAGUCCGACCAAACCCCGUUUGAAAAUCUGAGGGUUUAGGAAAUCCGUGUUCUAAUGUGGGUUAGACUCAGUCCAGAGAUCCGGUUUAAACUUAAAUUAUAUCAGUAUGAAGAGUCUGGACCAUCGGCCUCAUGGUGGACCAUGAAGAGGACUAAUAAAACCGGGUCAAAGAGUUUGCUGUGUGGACCUGGGAGACCACCACCCUGCAGACCCUGUUCUGUAAUCAGGAGACCCCGAGGACUGUCUCAGACCCGGUUUCAGUUUUUCCUCUAAUAUAGACUAACACUCAGAAAACUGAGUAGACCACCAAGAAACAAAGAUCCAGACUUUGGUCUGUCAGGGUCCAGACGGGACCAGGUCAAAAACUGGGUCCAGUGAGACCAACGAGACCAUCUCAUGAAAAAACAGCAGAGAUUCAGUUCAGGAGGGGGUCAUGGUUAGACCUUCGGGGUCAGGGUUAGACCUCUGGAGAAUUAAACUGUAAUUUAGACUUUUAGGACUUUAUUUUGAAACUCUCAGGACUUCACUUUUAUAACUUGAAUCUUGUUAAUCUAUAACUUCAGUCUCUGAUCGUAGAACUUGUUUUUGUUUCUUUACAGCCUUUUUCUUUGUUAGCAACUCUUUUUGUUGUCCUUAUUUCUAUAAUUCUCUCUUUAUUAUUGAUUAAUUAUUGAUUGUUUAUUGAUUUAUUUUCCUCAGUUCUUCUCUGAUUCCCUCCUGUCUCACACAGAAACCUUUGCAGCUCUUCUUUUCUUCUUAUUUCUGAUUUUGUGAAUUUUUGACUUUUUAAACCUGAACUUUUCUGACUUUGACCUUAAACUCUGAGUUUAUUUACAUGACUUUAAAUCACCAACUUUACCUCUGUGCACAGGUGCAGAUGCCCCGCCCACUCCAACACCUUCCACCAAGGUAUUAACUCACACACACACACACACUCACACACACACACACACACAGUGACUCUGAUCAGCUGUUUUUCUCCUGUUUCUUGUUUUUUACCUGCAGGUGCAGGAGCGUCUACCUGCACCGUGAGGAAGACAGACUACGCCUUUGAGGUGACGGCGGACACUGACCCCUGACCCCUGACCCCAAUAAAGAGCACUGAUUUAAAUCUGAUCUGAGGUCUGAUCACAGCAGGACCAUCUCUGAGGAGGUCUCAUGGUCUGACCUGCUGCACAGUUUCAGGUUCAGGAGAUUAGAUCAAUAAAUUCAGAUUUUAAAAAAACGUCCUGAUGUGGGCGGAGUCUCAGGUGGGUGUGAACCUGACAGAGUUUCUUCAGAGAUGUUGAUCCUCAGAUCUGACAGCCUCCUUCAUCACAGAGGAGAGUGACCCGUUCUUGAUGUGGGUCGGUACAGUAAUUCUGGUACCAGUGAGCGUAAAGACGAUGAACACACCUGUCCAGAGUUCUCAGCAGGUGUAAAGAGGGGCUCACAGCGUCACCAUGGAGACCCCUCAUCGUCACCAUGGAGACCCCUCAGCUCUGACCUCGUUCACUAACUUUACAUUUGUCUGUUCGUCUGCAGAUGGCGAGUUCCAACAUCCGAUACGGCGAGGGAGUCAGCAGAGAGAUCGGCAUGGUAACCAAACAUCAUCAUCAUCAGUUAGAGCACAUACCUGAAGUCACCUGUAAUUCUCACCUGUUUCUGUGAGACCUGAUGAAGGUCCUGUCCUGCUGCCAGACUCACCUGUUCACCUGUAGGUUAGCUCAACGUGAUCAGCAGCUCUGAACGGGGCGGUUACUUUUUACACAGGACCGCUCAGCUCUGAUGAUCAGAAACCUUCUCUUCACUCCUCUGGACCUGUCCGAGGUUCUGCUGUCUGAGUCUCUGGUCUCGGUUCUCUGACCUCGGUGUGUCUCUGGUUCUCCUUCAGGACCUGCAGAACCUUGGAGCCAAGAACGUCUGCCUCAUGACAGAUAAGAACCUGUCCCUCCUCCCCCCGAUGAAGGCCGUCCUUGAGUCCCUGGCCAAGAACGGGGUCAAGUACAAAGUCUACGAUAACGUCCGCGUGGAGCCCACCGACACCAGGUGAGACCCAGAACACUCCUCCAGGUAACAAGGUCACACCUGAGUCCGCUACCUGAGGACUGAACCAACGAGGGACCUCAGAGUGAUCUGAUGAGAGACAAGAAAAGAGAGAGAAAGAGAGAACUAAAGAAAAAGAAGAGAAAGGAGGAAAGGAAAAAAAUGAAAAAAAUAAAAGAAAAUAGAAGAAACAAAAGAAGAAAAGAAAGAAGUGAAUUAAAUAAAAGAAAAAAGGAGAAAAAAAUAAAAGAAAAAAGUAGAAAUUAAAGGAAAUGGAGUCGACUGAGAAAGUUUAGAAUAUAUUAAACGAAAAAAGCCAAAAAAAAAAAUGAAAGUCUGAAAAAUAAAAUGGAAUAAAUAGAAAUAAAAUUGAUCAGAUUAUAUUAACAUGUUAUUCUCUAAUAAAAGAACAAAAUUAAUGAGAUAGAAACUAAAUUAAAGAGUGAAAUAGAAAAUAAAAAGAUAUUGAAAUUAAACACUUUUGUUUUUUUCUGUAACCUUAAAUCUUAUAUUUAUUGUUACAAAAAUAAAAUAUUGUUCUAAGUAUUAUUUUAGAAAUAAUACAAUAAUAAUUAUUAUCAAAAUAAUAAUAAAUAUUAUUUUGAUAAUAAUUAUUAUUAUUAUACUGUGUUUCAGUUUCAAAGACGCCAUCGCCUUCGCCAAAAACGACUCCUUUGAUGUGUAUGUGGCGGUGGGCGGGGGCUCUGUGAUUGACACCUGCAAGGCAGCCAAUCUCUAUGCCAGUCACCCCGACGCCGACUUCCUGGAUUUUGUGAACGCUCCGAUCGGGAAAGGAAAGCCGAUCUACGGAGCGGUGAAACCUCUGAUCGCAGGUAAGAAAACAGGGAGUACCAGAACCACAGAGUACCAGAACCACAAAGUACCAGAACCACAUAGUACCAGAACCACAGAGUACAAGAACCAUAGAGUACCAGAACCACAGAUUACCAGAACCACAGAAUACCAGAACCACAGAUUACAAGAACCACAGAGUACAAGAACUAUAGAGUACCAGAACCACAGAGUACAAGAACCAUAAAGUACAAGAACUAUAGAGUACCAGAACCACAGAGUACAAGAACCAUAGAGUACCAGAACCACAGAGUACUAGAACCACAGAGUACAAGAACUAUAGAGUACCAGAACCACAGAGUACAAGAACCACAGAGUACAAGAACCAUAGAGUACCAGAACCAUAGAGUACCAGAACCACAGAGUACCAGUACCACAGAGUACAAGAACCACAGAGUACCAGGACCACAGAGUACCAGAACCACAGAGUACCAGUACCACAGAGUACAAAGAACCACAGAGUACCAGAACCAUAGAGUACCAGGACCACAGAGUACCAGAACCACAGAGUACAAGAACCACAGAGUACCAGAACUAUAGAGUACCACAAAGUACCAGAACCACAGAGUAUUAAAACCACAGAGUAUUAGAACCAUAGAGUACCAGGAUCUAAAAACCCAGUUUAAUUUGAAUAAAAGUUUGUUUGUUGUUUUGUUGUUUUUGGUCACAUGACCUCUCACACCGCCUCUUAUCUCAAAGAUUCAACUCAAGGUUCCUGUGAGGGGGUCAAAGGUCACGUUCAAACCUUUCCUUUUCUUUGUUCUCUAAAGUUCCGACGACUGCGGGGACGGGCAGCGAGACCACCGGGGUCGCCAUCUUCGACUACGAGCCGCUGAAGGCAAAGACAGGUAAACACGGGGUUAAAUCUGUGAGGGUGAAGGUCAAAGGUCAACAUCACCUUUUUAUCUUUUGACCCAGGGGUCAAAGUUCAGGGACUGAAUCAGCUCCUACCUGUCAGUCACAGAGGCCACGCCCCUAAUUCCCCUCACCUUUGAUAGUGUGGUCAGGUUUAACAUGGGGCUCUAUGGGACUGACUGACUGUAGGACUCAGCCUCUAGUGGACAGUGGAGGAACUGCAGUUUGUCGGACUUCAGCGUUAGCUACGAUUUUUACUAACGUUCGAGUUUUCUCCGAAGUCAGGAGUCGGAGCUAAAAUGACGUCAAACCUGAGUUCUCGGCGUUUCAGUGACCAAGUCGGAGAAAAAAGCAAAAUCGGAGGUGGAAACAAGAUGGCGACAUCUACACACAUGUUCUGACAAGAGUUCGCUUUUUUCCGACUUGGUCACUGAAACGCUGAGAACUCUGGUGUGACGUCAUUUUAGCUCCGACUUCUGACCUCCGAGGAAACUGAAGAACGCUGUCAAACAAAUCAGAGUGAUGAUGAUGAUGAUGACAUCAGAGUCUGUCUGAGCUGUGAUUGGUUGUUUGUGUUCAGGUAUCGCCAGCAGAGCCAUCAGACCCACGCUGGGCAUCGUGGACCCCGUACACACACUGAGCAUGCCCGAGAGAGUCGCCGCCAACAGCGGCUUCGAUGUCCUCUGGUCUGUCUACGUGUGUGUGUGUGUGUGUGUGUGUCUGUGUGUGUGUGUGUGUGUGUGUGUGUGUGUGUGUGUGUGUGUGUGUGUGUGUGUGUGUGUGUGUGUGUGUGUGUGUCUGUGUGUGUGUGUGUGUGUGUGUGUGUGUGUGUGUGUGUGUGUCUGUCUUUGUAUCAAUCUGCAGUCUAAAGUCUUCAGUAGAAUUAACCCUUCGUCGUCGUCGUCGUCGUCCUGAAGGUGUUUCUCUGGAUGAAGAUGGUUUGGCCUUCAUGGCCACCGUACUCUGAUCCCUCUGUGCUCAUGGUCAUUUGGCCCCUCCCCCGGUCUGACAGAAGAGGGCGGGUCUCCAGCAGAGCUUCAGGUUUAGGUCUAACUCAGGGUUCAGAUCUUGUUGACAGGAAACAGGACCGUCUUGUUUUCAGACUCCUGGACACGUGAGGCAGCCGCGACCUCUGACCUCUGAGCGCCAUAACUCACAGAGUGUUUUUUGCCCUCUCACCCAGUCUGCGGUGAGGCCUCAUGGCGAGCUGUCAUAAACCUGAGGACGCCGCGUUAAUGAUCUCAGGACGACUCUGAAACAGGUCUUCAUGAAAACUCCUCAGAGUCCAGGAUCAGAGUCCAGGAUCAGAGUCCAGGAUCAGAGUCUCUCUCCGCCUCCCCUCGUGUCUCGGCCGUCAUCCUUCGAACCGAGUCGGUUAAAUAUUUUUAUAGUGAUAUAUUAACAGGAAAUGACCUCACAGAAACACAGCGGCCCGUUAUAAAAACCUUUUUUUCAGACUUUGUUCAGUCAGUUUAGAUAAAAUCACUGAGAUAACCUUUAAACCACACAGUCAGAGCGCCAUCUACAGGGCGCCUCAGGACGGAGGGGAGUAAAAAUCAAAGACGUUAACCCCCGACCUCCACCUUCAUCCUGAUCGUCUCCUAAAAGGUCGUAUCCUCCGAUCGUAGCUGAUCGUAACCAUUCAAGUUAACGUGUCAGUUUACACCCCGAUGACACCAUGGAUGAGGAGAUGCUGAUUCUAGAAGUCUAGAAGUAGAUUUCCUCCUCUGGAAGGACACAAUCUACUGCUUAUAUGUCUAUGUGUCUGUCUUUAGAGAGACAACUCGUUAUCGUGCGAUUGAACAUGAAUCUGCAGGUUCUUGUGAGUUCUCACAAACAGAUCUGGUAGGAAAUGGCGAACGGUGAAAAUCGCCGCCGUUCAGAAUGAGGUGGAAAUUCGGAAUCAUGAGACGUUUGAACUUCGGUUCUUCUUCUUGUGUUUUUAUUCAGCCACGCUCUGGAGUCGUACACCGCCCUGCCUUACAACCAGAGGAGCCCCUGCCCCCCCAACCCCAUCAACCGCCCCGCCUACCAGGGCAGCAACCCCAUCAGUGACGUCUGGUCCCGCCACGCCCUCAAUGUGGUCUCCAAGUACAUGAAACGGUAAAGAGAGUCUGAAACCAUCAGAACCACAGAGGACCUGGAAGGGUUCCCUGAGGAACUCCAGAACCGAGCGGCUGUUUAAAGGACGAGGGGUCGAGGGUUCGAGGGUUUGAGGGUUAAAGGGUUCAAGGGUUUGAGGGUUCAAGGGUUCAAGGGUUCGAGGGUUAAAGGGUUCAAGGGUUCGAGGGUUCGAGGGUUCAAGGGUUCGAGGGUUAAAGGGUUCAAGGGUUUGAGGGUUCAAGGGUUCAAGGGUUCGAGGGUUAAAGGGUUCAAGGGUUCGAGGGUUCAAGGGUUCGAGGGUUAAAGGGUUCAAGGGUUCGAGGGUUAAAGGGUUUGAGGGUUCAAGGGUUCAAGGGUUCGAGGGUUAAAGGGUUCAAGGGUUCGAGGGGUCGAGGGUUAAAGGGUUCGAGGGUUCAAGGGUUCAAGGGUUCGAGGGUUCAAGGGUUUGAGGGUUCAAGGGUUCGAGGGUUAAAGGGUUCAAGGGUUUGAGGGUUCGAGGGUUCAAGGGUUCGAGGGUUAAAGGGUUCAAGGGUUCGAGGGUUCGAGGGUUCGAGGGUUUCUGAUGUUUUUAAAGGUUGAAAUCAAAAGUCUGAAAAAGUUCUGAAUACUUCAGUUUGGACGUUGGAAUCAUCAGAAUCAGUGAAUUUGGACUUUGGUUCCGACUGACUGACUGAUCCACUGAUGUGUUUUUGACAGAGCGGUCCGUGACCCUGAAGACCUGGAGGCCCGGUCCAGCAUGCACCUGGCCAGUGUGUUCGCUGGGAUUGGUUUUGGAAACGCCGGAGUCCACCUGUGGUGAGAAUCAUCUUCACGAACACUGAAGGUCCAAAAACUGUUGAAGGUCCAAACUGUUGAAGGUCCAAACUGUUGAAGGUCCAAAAACUGUUGAAGGUCCAAAAACUGUUGAAGGUCCAAAAACUGUUGAAGGUCCAAACUGUUGAAGGUCCAAACUGUUGAAGGUCCAAAAACUGUUGAAGGUCCAAACUGUUGAAGGUCCAAACUGUUGAAGGUCCAAACUGUUGAAGGUCCAAACUGUUGAAGGUCCAAAAACUGUUGAAGGUCCAAACUGUUGAAGGUCCAAAAACUGUUGAAGGUCCAAAAACUGUUGAAGGUCCAAACUGUUGAAGGUCCAAAAACUGUUGAAGGUCCAAAAACUGUUGAAGGUCCAAACUGUUGAAGGUCCAAACUGUUGAAGGUCCAAACUGUUGAAGGUCCAAAAACUGUUGAAGGUCCAAACUGUUGAAGGUCCAAAAACUGUUGAAGGUCCAAAAACUGUUGAAGGUCCAAACUGUUGAAGGUCCAAAAACUGUUGAAGGUCCAAAAACUGUUGAAGGUCCAAAAACUGUUGAAGGUCCAAACUGUUGAAGGUCCAAAAACUGUUGAAGGUCCACCUUAAAGGGACAUUUCCCUGUUUUUGUCCUGAGGUUGUAUGAGCCACAUGUCUCUUUGAGUCUUUUAACCUCAUUGGAUGACGGUA